AUGCAGCAGGGCCGACCGUCCCUCUGCUGCGUCUCCACCAUCCGCAGCUCGCAAGGACCCCCCGAGCCAGCAGCUGCAGCCACCGCUCACCUCAGCUUCUGCCGCAGCCUCCUGGAGCACACAGUGUCUGCCGAGAACCUCAGCUACCGGCUGCAGAGGAACCCUGGCAGCAGCCGCACCUGGCACGAUGGCCGCAGCCAGCGGGCAGACAGCGGCAGGACCGUCAAGCUGCUGCGGCAGCCGGGCACCGAGGGCUCGCAGGGCCGUACCUACGAGCACUAUGGCAUCUACCACACCAGCCCCACACUGGGCAGCCUGGCCAAGCCAGUGGUGCUCUGGACCCAGCAGGAUGUGUGCAAAUGGCUGAAGAAGCACUGCCCACACAACUAUCUCAUCUACGUUGAGGCGUUCUCCCACCACGCCAUCACCGGUCGGGCGCUGCUGCGGCUGAACGGGGAGAAGCUGCAGCGCAUGGGCAUCGCGCACGAGGUGCAGCGCCAGGAGCUCCUGCAGCAGGUCCUGCAGCUCCAGGUGCGCGAGGAGGUCCGAAACCUGCAGCUGCUCAGCCAAGAUUGCACCAACACUGUGAACCGAGCACCUCUGGAAUGGGCUGUGCACCGCUGA